GGAAAAUGGUAGUUGAAGUUCUCAUUUUUGGAGUGAACACAACAUGGCUACCUCUGUUUUACUGUCCACCUCUUUCUCUCCUACCUAUUAUCCAUCCCUUUCUUCUUCUUCUUCUUCUUCUUCUUCUUCUUCUUCCAUUUCAUUCACCAAACCAAAACUCAAUUUGCAAUGUUCUUCCAAUUUCCUAUGUUGGAAUUCAAAACCACUACUGUCUUUAUCUCGCAGAUUCAUUACCCAUUCUUCAAUAAAGGAAAAAGACUCAACCUUUAUAGGCGAGGAUUCUGCAGCUUUUGAUUUGAAGGAACAGAAAAUAUCUUCAUGGAUUUACUUCACCGCUAUUUUGGGAGUUGUUCUCUUCAUUCUAAAUGUAGCAUGGAUUAAUAAUGACACUGGUUUCAGUAAAGCUUUUGUCGAUGCUGUUUCUUCCCUUUCCGAUUCUCACGAGGUGGUAAUGUUGAUCCUAAUUCUCAUAUUUGCCGUUUUCCACAGUGGUAUGGCUAGCCUCCGUGAUGCUGGCGAGAAACUCAUCGGUGAAAGAGCUUUUCGUGUUAUUUUUGCAGGGAUUUCACUGCCUUUGGCUGUAACUACUGUCGUGUAUUUUAUUAACCACAGAUAUGAUGGACUCCAACUCUGGCAGCUCCAGAGUACUCCUGGGAUUCAUCAAUUUCUGUGGCUUUCCAAUUUCAUCUCUUUCUUUUUCCUAUAUCCUUCAACCUUUAAUCUUUUAGAGGUUGCAGCAGUUGACAAGCCUAAAGUACAUCUAUGGGAAACUGGCAUCAUAAGAAUAACCAGACAUCCACAGCUGGUUGGGCAGGUAAUCUGGUGUCUUGCUCAUACGGUUUGGAUUGGAAAUUCUGUUGCUGUUGCAGCUUCAAUUGGCUUAAUUUCACAUCAUCUAUUUGGUGCAUGGAAUGGAGAUAGGCGAUUGGCUAUAAGACAUGGAGAAGGCUUUGAGAUAGUUAAGCGUCGAACAAGUAUCAUUCCUUUUGCAGCAAUACUCGAUGGCCGUCAAAGAUUACCUGAAGAUUUCUACAAGGAGUUUAUUCGAUUACCAUACUUAGCAAUUACUGCAGUAACACUAGGAGCUUACUUUGCACACCCUCUUAUGCAGGCUGCUAGCUUCAACCUCCAUUGGUAGGUGGAAAGAAAAUAUCAUGUCAUUUUCAUGUAAAUCUAAUGUUUAGGACCGAAACAUAAAUGCCACGUAUUGUAGUGUGCAUCAAUAGACAAGUAUGAAAGAUCAAAGAAAAGAAAAUAGAAAUAAUUGGAAGAACCAAAAUACUGACAAUGACCAUGCACUUAUAAAACCUAGUUUGUUAAAUUUGUGAAACAGGGUCUGUCUAGCAUAAACCAUGUACUUAUAUGGUGCACAAUGACAUUUCAUUGCUAA